AUGGUUUCUGAAAAUGACAACAACAAAUCAUCAAUAGAUCAAUGUGAUGAUGAUGAUAAUGAUAAAGAGAUUCGCAAACGAACACAAUCUUUAACCCGAAAACUUGAUUUACAUAUCUUACCACUUCUCUCUAUUAUAUAUUUAAAUUCAUAUUUGAUUCGAUCAAAUAUUUCUAAUGCUAAAUUAGUUGAUCUUGAAGAUGAUCUUCGAUUAACUUCUGAUCAGUAUCAAUGGGCAUUAUCUAUUUUCUUCUUCGGAUAUGUUUUCUUCGAAGUUCCAUCAAACAUUGUACUUCGACGAUGGCAACCAUCAAAAUGGUUAUCUCUAAUUCAUAUAUUUCUCGGUAUUGUUGCGGUAUGUAUGGGUGCUGUUAAAAAUGCUUCUGGCCUUCUUGUAUGUCGCUUUUUAUUGGGUACAUUUGAAGCUGGUUUAUUUCCUGGAAUUAUUUAUUUUACAUCUUUAUGGUAUUCAAGAAAGCAGCAAGCUAUUCGACUUGGCUUAUUUUGGUCAUUUUCAGCACUUUCAGGUGCAUUUUCGGGUGUUCUUGCUUAUGGUAUCAGUCAAAUAAGUUCAGUAAAAUUAUCUAAAUGGCGAUUAAUCUUUAUUCUGGAAGGAACUCCAACCUUCGUUUUAGCUUUGUGUUGUUGGUUUUUAUUAGCUGAUUCACCAGAAAAAGCAAAAUUUUUGAAUGAUGAAGAACGUCAACUUGAAAUUGAUCGUCUUGCUAAAGAUGCCGGUCCAACAAAAGAACAUAAAUUUUCAUGGUCACAAGUUUUAUCCAUAUUUAUUGAUUGGAAGACUUAUAUUUAUGCUAUUAUUUAUAUUACUGGAACAAUUGCUACACAAGGUAUAACUCUUUCCUUACCAGUGAUUAUUAAUAAUUUAGGAGAAUGGACACCUGUUCAAGCACAAUUAAUGACUAUUCCACCAUAUAUGGGAGCAUUUUUUGCUAUUCUCAUUGUUUCUUAUAGUUCCGAUUAUGCUUCACUCACUCGACGUGCCACCGCAGCUGCAGUGAUCGUUUCGAUUGGUACGAGUGGUGGAGCUAUAGCAGGUCAAAUAUAUCGAGCUAACCAAAAGCCACGAUAUUUUAUUGGUCAUACCAUUUCAUUCUGUUGUGUUGCAUUGCAAAUAAUAUUGGUGAUUAUACUUCGAUUUAUAUUAAUGAUAAUUAAUUGUCGUCGAAAACGAAUGAAUGAUGAACAAAUUAAGCAACAAGUGGAAAACUAUGGAGGAGAGGAACUCGUCGGUGAUCAUCAUCCUAAUUUCCGAUAUACUUUGUAA